GAUUUAUUAUAAUUUUUCAAUAAUGCUUAACUAUUCUAUUAAUCAUAAUGUUAAAACAUGAUAAUUAAUUUAUUUAUUAAAUUUACUGAAGAAUUCAAUAAUAAUUUAAUAUUAAAUUAUGCCUAAUAGUCAAUUACAUCCAGCAUUUUAUGCUUCACGUAGACAAUUGUGGGCUACAUUAACAACAGGUAAAGUAUCAUGUUUUUGGAAAUGUAUACAAAAUUAUGGAAUUGGUUCAAAUUGUACAUCAUUAAGUAAUAUAUGGUAUAUAAUUUUUACUACAUCAAGUAUUACAUGGUUAUUAGUACGAGCUAUUUGGCGAUAUAAAGAUUUUAAAACACAAGCUUAUGAUCCAAGAUUUGGAAAUAAAUGGGAUGAAAUUAAUACAUUACAUUUUCAAUUAGCUUCUAUAAUUUUAAGUUUAUGUCUAUUUCCUAUAAUGAUUUAUUCUGCUUUAUGUCGUGUUGGUCAUUCAGCAAAUGAUUCAGUGAUACUUGGUAAAGAUAUGUUACAUUUACAGAAUUUAUUACUUUCUUUUCCAAAUUUACAAAAAAUCAUUUCAAUAUAUACUGAAAAUAUAUAUGGAAAUAAUGGAAGUCGUUAUAGUAGUACUGCAUUACCCAAUGGUAAUGGAAUAACACGUUCACGUGAACAAUCAUCUAUUGAAGAGGAAGUAUUAGAUUCAUUUAUUAUAAAAAGACGUGGUGAAGAUUUUUAUGAACAAGUAUCAAAUCAUUUUAGACCAUUUUCAUCAAUAUUAUAUGUGCUUAUUACAUAUUUAUUUCUUUUGCCUAUAUGUAUUAUGGAAGCGGAACAAAUUAAAAAUGAAGCUAUUGAUCCACGUUAUGUAUUUCAAUCAAAUGUGGACAGAUUAUUUGGUCAGUCUGCCAAUGAAAAGUACACUGCCUUUUUUAUGCAACAUAUAAAAAGUAAAUCAUAUCAAAAUGUAAAUAAUCCAUUAUCUAAUGAUGACAAAUUACUAUACGAAAAUGAACGACCAUUUCCAAGUCAUGUUUAUCCAUCUACUCCAUCGGAGAUCAGUGUUGAAUAUAUUUGUUUUAUAAUUAGUUUGUUUAUGUUAACUAUUCAUUAUCCUGCACCAUUUUAUUUCACAAGUCGUAUAUUUUCUCUACUUUUUUCGAUGUAUAUAGCACUGACUAGUGUGUACUUAUUAGUCGACGUUGAAACAGUAGCAGUUUUGUAUAAAUUAAAUACAGUUGGUAUACGUGAUCCUGGUGGAUCAUUAGUUGUUAAUAUUGAUACAAAUUUAAAGUAUAUAACAUCAUGGUAUUGUGUACUUCUGAGUGCAGCUAGUCUACCGGCAGUGAUUAUUUGUCUUAUGGCUAUUUAUGCAUAUGGUGAAACUAAAUUUAAAGAAGCUGUAACCAAUUAUGCUCAGCUGUUAAUUGCCGGAGAAAUUCCAUCAAUAAAUGGAUGCUCAAGCAAUAAAAUAACUACUCGUGGUAAUUUAAUAAAAGGUGUAGAUUAUGAUGCAACUAAUCAUAAUCCAGAUUCUAAUGGUACUAUUGAAACUAUGAUUGGUGAACAGGUUAAUCUAGAACCAAAUUAUCAAGAAUCUAUCAUCAAUUUACCUAUUACUCUUGCGAUUACAACAAAGCAUUGGCAUCCACCUCUGUUAAACCGACGGAAUGGUCAGCUUCCUAAAAGAUCUAAUACUCCUCUACCAUAUGGUCAAUCGCAAAAUAAUGGAAGUGAAAUAUCAACUUCAUUAAAACGCAAUCGUGGCAUUCCAUUAUCCACAAGUACAGAACUAACUAAUUCCGUUCAUACACUUAAUGAGACAACCAAUGCUUCAUCGAAGUCAACACAGACUAGAUGGUCUCGUGUUGGAUUGAACGUCAUAGCGACUGUUACCUUUGUAUGGAUUUUAACAACUCGUAUCUGUUUAAUGGGUUCAAUAUUAAAAUGUUAUUGGAAAACUGGUCUCGACAUCGCGUUAGCAGAUACUAUCUUAACACUAUUGUAUAUGAUAUGUUGGCUUAUCCUGUGGUUUGGUUUAAGUGUUAAAACUGCUUGGCGAUUUCGUUUGUUACAUAAUAACAAUUACUUCAGUUCAAUUGGUCAAAGAGAAAGUUAUCUACAAAAAGGUAUUUUCCCUAAUGGAUGUGAUAAUCAAACAUUUGGAUCUCCAGAACUGCAGCAACAACAAAUACAAAUGAAUGUGAAUGGUGCUUAUCCGAAUUUAUGGCCAUAUGUUUCUUAUCCACCUUGGAUUGUACCAGGAACUGUGAUAACUGCAGGUUUACCUGUAGGCACAGCUGGUGAUGUUCAACAAACGAACAAUGUAGUUAACGGAUUACCGGUAGGUGCGGGUAGUGGAGGCGAUUCACUUUAUGGAUUCUUCCCAGAUUUAGCUAACCAGACACAAAAUCAAUCGGGCGACAUGACAAAUCCAUAUCAUACACAUUCACGUUGCAUUUCUCUACCAUCCGGACCACCAACUUUAUCCGAAGAAUCAGACAUAACAGCAAAUCAACAGGAACGAAAUGAUUGCAUUAGUAACAACAAAUAUUUUAGACCUGUUACAACACCUAGCCUCGCUGGUUCGACUUAUUUGAAUGAUAAUCAACAAGCAUCGAUGGAACUGCACCAGCCAUAUACAACUCCGCAAAAUAAUCUACCACGAAGUCAGACAAUACAGGAAAUUGCAUAUUCUGAUGCUUAUGAACAGUUCUCAGGACAGAAUUCUAGUAAAAAUAGAGGCAUUACUAAUAAUUCUUCUCAUUUAAAUAAUCAGAGACAUGGAGUUUCACCAAUGGUCCCAGAACCAACAUAUGCUACAUUAGCAACGUUGUCGAAACAGUCCAUACAAAAUAAUGGUUUUAGACCGAAUUCUGUAACACCACUUGAUUCACAUAAUAAGGGCAAAGUAUCACCAACAAAUAUUUCACGUAACAUUUCAUAUCGACGCCCAUGUACUCGGGUUACUUUUCAAGAUAUCGACAAUAACUUCUCCGGGUCGAGAGCCGUAAUUAAUGAUGGAGCGACAGGAAGUAGUGACAGUGGAGUAUGUACUAAUGGUCAUGGUUCAAGUAUUCAACAAAAUGGUAAUUACCCAGAGAAACAAUAUUCAAAAGGGAAAAUUAAACCAGAAUUAUUUAGUAUGUUUGAACAAGAUGUAUAUAAAACACCUGGUAUACAAUCUGCUACUGAUAGGAAUUAUUCAACUGCACAUAUAAGGAAUGAUAAUAUGCUAGAAAAUAGUCGUAACAAUACGAGUAACAAGAAUAAUGAUGUUGAAAUAUCAACCGAUAUGACAAGCUUCGCUAUGAAACGUAAUCACAAACCAGAGGAAUGCAUUUCUUAUGGUAAUCAUCAUGAUGCUACUGAUAAUCUUCAAAGGCAUCCACAUUAUCCACAUCAAAUAGAUCCCGAUGAUCGUUUAUGCAGUCAAGUGUGAUUCAUGUUUUUCAUUCAGACACAAAUGCAUACUUAUUCACAUAAACAGUUUACUUACUCUCACUUAACGUAUAAUUUCGUGUAAUUAAAACUGAUUUUCAUUAUUAGGUCCAUAUUCUUUCCGAUCACCAUAAAAAUUUGAUUUGUGUAGAUUAUUCUCCCUCCGUUUGCGUCUAUAUAUGUAUGCAUUCUUCUGUGUUAAAAAUAUGCUCUAUUAUAACAUUACAUACUCAUCUCAUUUUUUGCAAUCACUUAAACAAAUAUAUAUUCCUUACAUAAUUAUAUAAACAUAUCGUCAUCACAUCUGUCGAAAAUUCCCAGAGGUCAUCACAAAUCGUGUGGAAACAAUUAUAUUUCGUAAAUAUGCACUAUAGUGUAAGGAUAUAAUCAUUAUCAUUUAUUAUCUAAUGUAAAUCAUGAUUAUAUACAUGUGGGUGUUCAUCACGUUGUUAUCUUAACUUGUGUAUUUUAUAUUUGUUUGUUUGUCUAUUUGUUGACUCAUUCAUUCUUUACCUAUCACUUCAAUAUUGUACAUAUUCAGCACAUUUUCUCUCAUUUUAUUUAAGAUAAUUUCUAUUCUAAUAAUUAUUAAGUACAAGACAUCUGAUUACUAACUAUCAUAAAAAUGUAAUGAAUCUAAAAUUUAAACAAUUACUGAUAUUUAAUGGAGAGGUUUUGUGAAAAGUGGUUUAAUAUGCAAAUAAUAAUCGUCUUAGGUU